CCUCAUGCACAUCGUUCAGCUGGGAUAGAAUCCAUCUAUGAUGGACGCUUCCUUAGGUCCAAAUUACGCUCACGCAUGUCUGUCUCGGUAGCCGCUGAGGUCCAAUCAGCACAUGGGGGCGACAGCACCCCUACCGUUUCUUCACCCACCAUGAUCGUCGCAUUCGGCCUAGAAGGCCACAGGGAUUCAGUUCCGCCAUCGCUGCACCUGAGCAGCAGGUAAGAACGGCACAGGCUACCAUGGAAUAUAAAUUAUUCGCCUCCUCGUUUCCUUCUUGUCCUUCACUUGCCGAGCAUCUCCCUUCAGGUCAACACUCGUUAGGGAUCCCCUCGAACAGGCACGACAGUACUUCAAGGAUCUUCUAUUUUCGCUAAUAUGAAGUUCCUCUCCACCCUUACCGCGGGACUGUUGGCGGCGGGCCAUGCCGCUGCGGCCCCCAACAAGGCUGUCGAUGCCUGCUUGAACAGCAAGAAGGUCCCGGCCAGCUACCCCGGCGAUUCCGACUACGAUGAGCUUGCCGAGCCCUUCAACUUGCGUCUCCAGUACAAGCCGGCCGCAAUUGUGCUUCCAGAGACCAACAAGCAUGUCCAGGAUGCGGUCGUCUGCGCCUCGCAGUCCGGCCUCAAGGUCCAGGCCAAGUCGGGAGGCCACUCAUAUGCCAGCUUCAGCAGUGGAGGCAAAAACGGCUCACUAAUCAUCGAUCUCCAGCCCCUCCAGAACAUUGAGCUCGACAAGACCACCAACGUCGCUAAGGUUGGCGGUGGUGUUCGUCUUGGUAACCUUGCUCAGGGCGUGUGGGACCAAGGCAAGCGUGCCAUCUCUCACGGUACCUGCCCCGGCGUUGGUAUUGGUGGUCAUUUCACCCAUGGCGGCUACGGCCACACUUCUCGCAACUGGGGUAUCGCUCUCGACCACAUCGUUGGCCUCGAUGUUGUCACUGCCGACGGAAAGCUUCUUCACGCGACCGCCACAGAGAAUAAGGAGCUCUUCUGGGCUCUUCGUGGUGCGGCUGAAUCGUUCGGUAUUGUCACCAAUUUCUACCUCCGCACUCAGGCUGCUCCUGAAAAGGUCACCUACUUCCAGUUCCAGUGGGCCGACACUCUGUUCAAGAACAAGAAGGCAUUCACCGACACUUUCCUCCACAUCCAGACUUUCUCGCAGAAUGCUUCCGUAGUGGACAACCGUAUUUCCUACGGUAUCUACCUUGAUGGUAACACUACUUACAACUUGGGCGGUACUUUCUUUGGCACUGGUGCAGAGUUCAACAAAACCAUCCAGCCCGAGUUUCUUCGCGGCACUGCCCCACCAACCAAGAUCGUUGUCCAAGAGUACGAGUGGAUCCCAUACCUGAUCCUCAUGUCCGACAAGACCGACAUCAGAGAGCCACUGACCGGGUAUGACGAGCACGACACCUUCUUCGCUAAAUCCAUCACCGUCCCCGAAGCCGACGGCGGUCUCACCGCAACUACCUUGAACGCUUUCUGGGACUACAUCAGCAAGCCCGCCCCGUAUUCGUACUUCGUCAUCAUCAACCUGUAUGGCGGCCCCGGCUCGGCCAUCAACACUAAGGACACUAAGUUUGCCGCCUAUAACGACCGGGAUUCCCUCUGGGUCUUCCAGAACUACGGCAUCAACCCCACGUCGCUAAACUACAUCAAUGGCAUCAACGACGUCAUCAUCAAGAGCCAGCCGCAGACGCACUUCGGUGCGUACCUCAACUACGUGGACCCGUCGUACAGCGCAAAGGAGGCGCAUGAGCUGUACUAUGGCGAGGAGCUGUACAGCAAGCUUGCUACGCUCAAGAAGAAGUAUGACCCUAAGCAGGUCUUCUGGAUGCCGCAGGCUAUUGGUGUGAACUAAGCGGGAUGAGGUAUGCAUAGCGCGGCGGAUAUGGUUUACUGGGUAUUUCUAUCUGGGAUCAUGGGUACAUAAGUCUGGC